AUGGCCGCGGACGACUCGUACACGGCAGCUGACGAGCGCGCCCGUGCCGCCCGGAGGGCGGGCAUCCAGGCGAAGAAGGACGAACAGCCGGCGAACACGACGCGGAGUUACGCGGCGAAGCAGCGGGAGUGGAAGGCCUGGUGCCAUACGCCUCGGGCUGCAGCAGACGGCUCGCUCUAUAGCUGGCCCGACGGCGAGCUCGUAACGCCGGACAAGCUGGCGGCGUGGCUCAAAGAGGAUAUCCUGUUACGACGCGUUGUGCCGCCGCAGAAGAAGAAGCCGCGCGCGGGGAAGGGGAAACGGCAACGGCGAGGCCGUACAGGUCCCCUGGCCGAGGCCGCCGAGCUGCUCGCUGACGACCGCGAGGGCUACGUGCCACCCACAGGCCUCGCGACGGCUGCAGUAGACCUUACCGAAGGGUCUUUGCUUACGAGGGGCACUAUCGACGCCUAUAUCGCGGCCGUUAUCGAGCCAUGGAGGCUCCAGGUGGCUCACGGCAACGCGAAUACGGAGAAUCCCGGGCGCCGCCACCGCGGAAGCGACGGGAUCCAGGCCGGCUACCUCCCGAUGAAUGGCUUCGGAUCCAGGAUCUCCUUCACUGGCGCCGCGUAUACGCCGCAAAACCUCCGUACGCGAGUCGACCUCCUCUUCGGCCACUACUACCUCUUACGGGGAGAACCGCCGCAAGAUGGAGCUUGCAGACCUAUCCCUACUCGACUAUCCGCCUUCGGAGGCCCGACCCCUGUGGUUGCCUGGACUGGUAUCGGAUCAAGGUCCUCGUCGGGCGGGACCGCGAGCAGGAGCUCGUACCCGACGCAGCUACAAGAGACCUGGCGUAUCUUCGGCGCUGCCGGCCUUAUCGCGUCGAAGAAGACGCACCUCCCGCGCAGGGUGGGCGCCCAGGACGCGGAGACCCAUGGCACGUCGCUCGCCCAGAUCUCGCAGGCCGGCCGCUGGAACCAGAGCGUGCUCUGCCAGGCAUAUCUUACGCACCUACCGCGGCAGUUCAUGCGUAUCGUCGCCGGCUUCUCGGCCUCCCGGGGACUACUCGCGCGUGCGGCUCACGAACCCCAAGGCGGUCUCGACGACGACGACCCAGCCGCUGACGGCUUCCUGCUUAUGCGGCGCCUGCGUAUAGUACUUCUGCAGGACCUGGCCGUCCCACAGCUCCGCUACCCGUCGCUACCGUUCUUCGCCUACGCCCUUUGGCGGGCCCGAGUGGGACGAGUUCGCCGUCGCCGUGCGGUCCACCGCGGUAGGGGCUAUGGAGCCGAGAGCACGCGGGAGGCCCUGUUACAGAAUAGUCAGCGGCUCGCCAUCCGGCUUGAGGCCCGGCUGGACGGGAUUCAGGGCGGCCUCGAUGCCCUCCUCCAAGGCAAGGUCCCUAUCACCUUUACCGGCUACUUCGGAGCCGGAGUGCAGUUCUGUCGCCGGAAGGUGAUCUGGGACGAGCUGUUGGCCCGUAUGGCGUCCGGCAAAUGCAAGGAGGCGGCCGUUGCAGAGCUAGAGCUGUUACGCGCCGGCCGAAGCUUGAACCGACUCGUCGACGAGCUCAAACAGCGCCGACGGCGGGGCCAGGAUCGGGGCCAGGCCAGGGCCAGAUACGGGUACAGGUAG